AUGGGUGCUCAUAACACUGGACGCAUGAGCUCGCUGACCAUCAAACAGGGCUCGAAUUACAUCCGAGGAAUAGCCUACCAGGAGGAUUAUGAUGCUCGAGGAACGAACACAAUCGGCUCUUCCGAUUCCACCAAGUACCUGGACCCUCUGAUCAGCCCCUCUUACUGUGCCCAUGAUAUUCCCUAUCUCGUCCAGUUGCGGACCAAUGUCAUCCGCAACGCCAUCGAUCCGAUGCUGGACCACAACGGAUUGGAGCAAUACGAUCGGUAUACCUGGGAUAUUGACGCGUUACACCAAUAUGACAAUGUGAUCGGCUUUUUUGCUGGGAACGAGGUCGUCAACCAUGCCAAUCAGUCUGCGGGGGAUAGGACAUCACUGGCAGUUGGAUAUGCGACCACCGACCACGAGGAUUACCGCCUAUCGCUUUCUGACUAUCUCAACUGCGGAGAUCGACCGAGCUCUCUGGAUUUCUUCGGUUACAACAUCUACGAGUUCUGUGGAGACAGCAGUUUCAAGACAUCUGAUUACGAGGCCCGAACAGAAGAAUACAGAAGAAACUACUCAAUUCCAGUCUUGUUCUCCGAAUAUGGAUGCAACACUGUCAAGCCUCGCAAGUUCAAAGACGUGCCUGUGCUUUUCGGUUCCAAUAUGAACAAUGUCUGGAGCGGUGGUAUACUCUACAUGUACUUCGAGACUCCUAACGAUUACGGAAUCGUGUCCGCUGGAGACCACCUCUCUAUCAGCGCCCAGGCAGACUACAGCUAUUAUUCUGGGGCAAUUGAAAGUGCCAGCCCGACUGGUAUUAACAGCGGCAGCUACUCCCCCACCAACUCCCCUCAUGCGUGUCCCACUGUCGACAAUAUCUGGCGGGUAAUUUCCAGCCAUCUCCCUCCUGCACCAAACAAGGAACUAUGUUCCUGCAUGUUGGACGCUCUGGAAUGUGUCGUUAAGAGCAACGUGGGCCCACAUGAACUCGGGAAGCUAUUUGAGCAGGUCUGUGGGAAUUCGAAGGGCGCCUGCGAUGGAAUCUCUGACAACGCGACUUCCGGAGAGUAUGGUGCAUACAGUGUCUGCUCCAGUCGCGAUCAACUGUCCUUUGUCUUCGAUCGCUAUUUCCAUGCCCAUAAGGCCCCCGCUUGCGAUUUCAAUGGUGCUGCCACGAUAAAGGCGGCCAAUAUUGCCACGGGGAACUGUAAGAAAUUGAUCGAACAGGGACCCUUACCAAUCAUCCUACCGCUGCGACCUCCACUUCCAAAGGAGCCGCUGCCAGUUUGGUGGACCAAAGUGCAGUACAGGGUAGCCUCCUUCUCGCAGUCACGCUUUGUGCUGCGGCUAUGA